AUGACAAAUAUGAUCAACAAUAUUUCAAAAGCUGAUUGUAUCUUGUUAAUAGUUUCUGCUGGUCUCGGCGAGUUCGAAGCCGGAAUUUCAAACAAAGGUGAAAGGAAUGGUGAUAGAGUAAUUCUCAUGGGUCAAGUAGAAACAGGUGUAAUGAAGACGCACACGAUUGUCCAUUUUACUCCAUCAAAUAUCACAGCUGAAAUCGAAUCGAUCGAGAUAAACUACGAAACUAUUAAGGAAGCGAUACCUGGUGAUUAUGUAACACUUCAUGUGAAAAGUAUUCAUACGAGAGAACUACGACCAGGAUUGAUUGGCUCGGAUCCAACAAACGAUCCGACUCAAAAGUCUUGA